GCACUGAAAUCUCAAUUGAGCCUGUAACCUUAAUAAAUUUGGACGAUUAUGAUUUUGUACCUAAAGAUGAGUCCGAGCUCCGUGGUAAAAGCAUUCAUUGUAGACGGAACAAUACAUCCCUUUUAGAAUAUGCAUUUAAACAAAUUCCUCAGAUCAAUGAACCAAUUGAAAAAGAAAUUAGUCAACAAGUUGCUAUUCUGAAAGAAUUAAGCAAUUCAGAACACAUUAUUAGGUUUUAUGGAAUAGCAAAAUCUAGUGAUGGAUUUAAAUAUUAUCUGGUGACAGAGUGGAUGGAGAAUG